AACCCGGAAGCCCAACCCGGAAGCGUUGUGCUGUCGAAAGUGUGUCUCUUCCCUGACGACCACGUGCUCGACGGACAACAACAGUGUUUUCUCGCGCCCUCAUUGGUCCACAGGUGAUUACCGGGAUCGGCUGUAAGUAGAUUCCACAGAGAGGUGAAGGUUUAAAGAAAGUGGGUCAGACUUGUUUCAGAGAGACAUCACUUCCUCGUCCUCUUCUUCUCCCGGUGAACAACGUGGAGGUGUAGAAGAGAAUGAGUUAAACUAAAGUUGGACUGUUGUUGUGAGGAGCGGGUCUUGAGGGUGGGGCAGCCAUGGUGGAGGUGUUCACCGGGAGGACCCUCCUCAACAAAGACGGGGACUUCGUGGACCCGGAGGAGGCGCUGAGGAACAAGGUGGUGGGGAUCUACUUCUCUGCCGGGUGGUGUCCGCCCUGUCGGGACUUCACCCCCGUCCUGUGUGACUUCUACACGGAGCUGGUGGAGGAGGGCGAACCUCCGGCACAGUUCGAGAUAGUGUUCGUCUCCUCCGACAAGACGAGCGAUGACAUGGUGGAAUAUUAUCACGACAUGCACGGAGACUGGCUGGCUCUGCCCUGGACCGACGACUACAGACAUGAGUUGAAGCAGCGCUACAAGAUCACAGCGGUGCCCAAACUGGUGAUCGUGAAGGAGAACGGUGAUGUGAUCACGGACAAGGGCCGGAAACAGAUCAGAGACCGAGGCCUGGCCUGCUUCAGGUCCUGGCUGGACGCUGCAGAGGUCUUUCAGAACUUUAAGGGUUAGGAAACAACUUCACGUUAGGUAACUACAGCGAGAACUGAGCGAAACCAAAGACUUCCUGUGUCAGGGGUUAAAGGGAUAAGAAGGAUCCAGAAGCAUUACUGUUACACAAAAAUCUGUUUAAUUACUGAGAUUUUUUUUUUUUUUUUUUGCUUUUUCUUGUUAAAUAUUGGACACAUAAACUCUUAAGCACUGUAAAAUCCUGCAAAAAGAAACACUUAGAAACAUCAUUAGAUCUUUUAGUUUGUUUUUAAUCAAACAUCCUAUGCAUUUAAGAGAAAUCUCAGGCUUUUGUGUUGUGGGUCUUUAGGAAAUCUUUUCUUUAUUGUUAAUAAUAGAAGCCAGCUACAGUACCUUUGCAGUUCAUUAAAAAGGAUAUUGAACUUAUGUUCUUUUCAAGCUAUUGCACUAAUUUAACGUACAGCUAAAUCUCACCUACAGUGAUAGACACCUCUUGCCUUUGUAUGUUUCCAAAAGUUUGACUUGUAGUUCUAAAUUGAGCUGCCUUUAUAUUUUUUAUAUCCUGUUUUUUUAUGAGUUGCAAAGAAUGUUAACUGUUCAAAAUAUACAUAUAUAUAUAUUCUGUGAAUUUUUGCACCGAUUCAUUUUUAUUGUCUGCAUCAAACAUUUUGGACGUUGUGUACAUCCAACGCUUUACAACCAGAGUAAUUCCCCUUUGCCUCGUUAAAAUGCAGAAAGCCCACAGGACAUUGUUUCCAACAUGCUGGCACAUCCACAUCCCUAAUUGCCUUUUUUCCCUUGUGCAGCCUGACACUGCUGUUAUCACUUUGUACAUAAAAACAUCCAACAUGUGUGAUGACAUUAUAAUGAUCCAGCUCGGGCCGACCUCUCCAGCUCGUUCUGCUGUGUUUUAUUAAAAGCUGCAGAUUUCAGAAGAACACCAAGUCACACCAGGUCGAGCCCAGAGGCUUUGUUCAUUUACGUCGUCCUUAAUCACAGGCGUGUCUCCGAGGGCUGUUCAGAGAAAGAGCUUUAGAUCUUGCAGAAUAAAGUGAUGCAGCUCCUCGAGGAGGAAUAGACGUAAAAUGAAGAAAAAAGCAAAUUCUGCCUCUUAGAGACACAACUGCACUUCAAAGUAGAUAUGUAUAACCCAGAAGAAAGUAAUCUUCAGUGAUCCACAGUAGUUAACGCCAUAUUUUCUCUGGUGUGCCCCUUUUCAGAUUUUUGAAGGCUGCUGUUUCAUUUACUACCACACGGGGUCACUAUGUUGUCAUAUUUGAAAUCAAUAAGGAGUUAAUUCUGUUGAUUUUUUUCUGCAUUUAGAUCAGUUUACCCAUGAUUCUCACACUCACCUGAUGUGUACAUAGUGCAAAUACAUGUCCGCAAACAUCAACAGCAGUUUGAUCGAUUUAACGUUUUAUAAUUUAUUCCAAGGCUCACGAUGAUGUGGUUUCUCACCCAAUUUAAGUCCCCCACUCUGCUCCAGGUUAAUGUGACUAUACAGUUUGAGUUUCUGCAGCAUGAUGUAUUUGCACUGUGAUACUAAUACUACACUGUUUUUAUUAGCUCACUUUUCUGUCAAAUCCGUGCAUGGAUUAGUGAGUGGGCCAAGAGGCACAGGCCCAGAGGCCCCAAGGGAUCAGAGCCUCAGCAUGAAGUGGCUG